GUAUUUUGGACACUGCCAUAGUGGAUCGGGGAAGAAACGUCCUGUCCUGCUCUAGGGACGGAACUGCCCGCCUCUGGGAUUGCGGAAAAUCUGCCUGUCUGGGUGUCAUCGCUGACUGCGGCUCUCCUGUCAAUGGCAUUGCCGUGGGCGCUGCUGACAACUCGCUGAACCUCGGCUCGCCUGAAAAACCUCCUAGUGAACGUGAGAUUGGGACAGAAGGGAAAAUCCUACUACUGGCUCGAGAAGACAAGAAGCUUCAAGGAGUGGGACUGCAGAGCAGGCAGCCGGUGUUCCUCUUUGUGGGAUCUGACGCAUUCAACUGCUGUACAUUCCUCUCGAGUACCUAUCUCCUCGCAGGGACUCAGGAUGGGAACAUUUAUCAGCUGGAUGUGAGAAACACAAACUCUCCAAUCCAGGUUAUCCAUAGAUCAGGAGCGCCGGUGCUUUCUCUGCUGCCAUACCGAGAUGGAUUUAUUGCAAGCCAAGGUGACGGAACCUGUUUCAUAGUUCAGCAAGACCUUGAUUAUAUCCUGGAUCUCACGGAAGCUGACUGUGACCCUGUGUACAAGGCGGCCUCCUGGGAGCGGCAGGUGUACACGUGCUGCAGGGACGGGAUGGUGAGGAGAUACCAGCUGGCCAACCUCUGA